AGCCGCUCUCCGGGAACUGCUUUGGACUAGGUUGAUCAAAAUGACAGAAGACCCAGUGUCAGGGAGUUGGAAACCCACAACGCUAUCUGAAAAUGCUAACAAUAAUGUAAUUCCCAUGCAUGCAGCAACUCAGGAUGUUUUGGAUUCCGGAGUCAACAGUGGCAUUGUACAAACAAAAGAAACAGCUCCAUUGAACAGAUGCGAGGAAUAUGCUCAGGGACCUCUAGCUCAAGUUAAAACUUCAGGGAGACAAAUAUGUGUUUGUCCUCCUCAAGGCAUCCUUGCUAAAAUAGCAACAAACGUGGUAGCAGUAGCAUUGAUCUGGGCUGUGAUCUGGUCUAUUACAACCCACGAAAGUCUUCCUGGUGGAAGCCUCUUUGGAUUUUUAUUCCUCUAUCUUUUUGCUGUAAUUGGUGGUAAAAUUAUGGGCUUAAUUAAAUUUCCUGGUCUGCCUCCUCUCCCUCCUCUUUUGGGAAUGUUGCUUGUUGGAUUUCUUCUAAGAAACAUCCCAGUGAUCACUGACAUAGUCCUGAUCAAUGUGAAAUGGGGAGCCACACUAAGAAGUAUUGCUCUCGCAAUCAUUUUGGCCCGGGCUGGCCUUGGCCUUGAUCCAAAGGCUCUGAAAAAACUAAAGGGUGUCUGCUUUAGAUUAAGCUUGGGACCCUGCCUAAUAGAAGCAAGUACAGCGGCAGUCAUAUCUCAUUUUCUCAUGCACCUGCCAUGGCAAUGGGGAUUUAUGCUUGGAUUUGUCUUAGGUGCUGUGUCUCCUGCAGUUGUAGUCCCGUCAAUGUUGGUUUUACAAGCAGGAGGAUAUGGUGUUGACAAAGGUGUCCCAACUUUACUAAUGGCUGCAGGAAGUUUUGACGACAUUCUGGCUAUCACAGGCUUCAACACAUGCUUAGGGAUAGCAUUCGCUUCAGGUUCCACCCUUCAAAAUGUCUUUCGGGGUAUAUUAGAAGUUGCAGUGGGUAUAGCAGCAGGUGGACUUUUAGGCCUUUUUAUUCGCUACUUUCCAAGCAAGGAUCAGACACAUCUGGUAUGGAAGAGAGCAUUCUUUAUUAUAGGCUUAUCAAUGUUUGCAAUUUUUAGCAGUAUGUAUUUUAAUUUCCCUGGAUCUGGAGGACUGUGCACAAUUGUUUUGGCAUUUCUGGCUGGAUUAUCAUGGUCUGAAGAAAAAAAAGAGGUAGAAAAAAUUAUUAAGGUUGCAUGGGAGAUUUUCCAACCUUUUCUUUUUGGUUUAAUUGGCGCCGAAAUAUCUGUUGCAUCUCUUGAUCCUCAAACAGUUGGACUCUGCAUUGCCAUACUGGCUGUUGGAUUGAUAGCCCGAGUUACAGCCACUUUUGUAUUGGUCUGUUUUGCUGGUUUUGAGCUGAAAGAGAGAAUAUUUAUUGCAUUGGCUUGGAUCCCCAAAGCUACUGUGCAGGCUGCAAUUGGUUCAGUUGCCUUAGAUACAGCACGGGAGCAGAAAGAUAAACAAUUAGAGAAAUAUGGCAUGGAUGUUUUGACAAUUGCUUUCCUGGCAAUCUUAAUCACAGCUCCAAUUGGAGCUCUAAUAAUUGGGCUGGCAGGGCCCAAACUUCUCCACAAGACUUCUGAUACCAACCAAGAAAGUCAUACAUAUGAAGAAAGAGAAGGAAUAGAAAUACAUGGGCCAGCAUAGGGAGAUAUGAAGUGCUGUCCACAAGAUCACCUGAAUUGAAACUGCUUAUGAAUCAUGGUAUCUACACUUAGAGAAGUUUAAAGGCCU